UGAAGACCACAUAACAAUAGGCUACAUGAAGUGAAAAAAAGAAAAAAAAAAAAAAAAGGAUACAACCCACUUGAAAUCCUCCUAGGGCUUCCCAAGGGACUUCCCAUUCCUUCUUCUGUUCUAUGGCAUCUGUCCUCUGCUUCCACAUCCUGCCUCAGUUGUCUGAGGGCCAGCCACACUAGCUUUCAGAGAUUCUUAGAAACGUCUCAGCUUCGGAGCCUUUUCACAUAGCUUCCUCUGCUUGUAUCAUUCUUUGCCCAGUGGUUUCAAGUCUCAUCUUAAAUGUCACUUCUUCAGAAAAACCUUCUCUGAUAUCCCAAACCAGGAGAAAGGCAAGUGUUUCCAUAGCAGCCGGAGAUUUUCCAUCUUAAUGGUUUUGAUACUAGAAUUGUUUACUUGGUCAAAUAUUGAGAGCCUUUUAUAUGCAGGGAUACAGGGUGAAACAAAACAUGCAAGAUCCCUGCCACUUGCGACUUUAUAUUCUAGGGAGGGGAUACAUGUACAAGUAAACAAAUAAAUGCACUUGGUAAUUUUACAUACUGAUAAUUAGCUCAAUGGUUAUCCUCUGGACUGUAAACUCCAUGAAGGCAGGAGCUAUGUCUGUCUGGGCUACUUCCAGUUUGCUGAGAGUCUGGCCACUAAACAAGCUCAAUACAUAUUUUUUCACUGACAAUUAAAAUAAGUAUAUAAAAGACAGAAACGGAAAAAAACGGGACUUUUAUAAAUGGAGAUCUAGCUCUUCCUCUUUCAAAACUUUCUGUAAUGCUACAUCUUUAAAUAAUUAAAUCAAUUAAAAUUGCAAAAAGUUACCCUUUGUAGUAACAGAAACCCAAAUAAAACCCAUUUACGUCAGCACACACUCGUUAAGUACCUGAUAAUAAAACCUAUUCUGAAAUAUCCAGACGUGUUAAGUGGAUAAAAUCCAACUGGCGCAUUGCCGAACAGGUUCCUCCCCGUCAGCAGCAUAAUUUAUAGUUUUUCACAGAGGCCUUAAGCACCCAUCAUUUGAUUCUCCCUCAUUUUUCGAUUUCUAAAACCCUUUAGAAUCUCCCUCCACCCACACGAUGUGGCAGCGAGAAAAACCGCAAUUCUAUUUACACGUCAACGGUAAGAACACAUAAUAUUUUGCCAGGUCACAAAUCUGCAAGAUCUCCACCCAAGAGAUCAGUAUCCCCUUUCCAGUUAAUCAUUCUAAGAGGCUGGAGACAAGUAGGGCUAGAUAAAACCAAGCUGCCCUAAGGCUGGACCAGAGGAGCCCAUCGUGAGAUCCCUUCCCCCAAGCGCAGCGCUCGGCAGCCCCUUUCUUCCCCAGGCGCAUGCGCAACGCACUCCCCAGCCACCACACGCCUCCUCCGUGGGGUCGGAAGACGCUGACGUCACCGUGCGGUCUACAAGAAACCCUUCCGCUCCUUCAAGGAAAAUGAGUCCACGGACCUUCGGCUUUUCGUAGCCCCCAGAAUAUGCCCUUCCUCUUUCCAUCCCAGUGUCAACGACUUCGCCAGCCCGUCUCCUUUCGGCUGGACUUCUCUGUACUUCCGUUGGACCAGGAAGGCGACGGGAAGGAAGGGGAAGGGUGAAAGACCAAUUCCGUGUUGUCUACAAGGAGUAGGCGAGUCUAGGAAUCGGUCCGCGAGGGCGGAGCCGAGGAAGCCGGCACUUCUUCCUUCCCCCCCACUUCCCCCUCCCUCCCCAGCCUUCCCCGCGAGCGGACGCGGCAGCGCCUCUGUCUCGCUUUUUCUUAUUUUUUCCCCCCUUUCCCCUUUCUUUUUUUUUUUUCUUUUCUUUUCCCCCCUCCCCCCCUUUCACCAUUUCCUCUCGGAGGCGCUUUCCCCGGGCAGGGGCAGAGCCGGUCUCACCCCCCCGCCUCUCCCCGGCCCCCGCCGCCCUAUGGCGAGAGGGAGCCCCCUCCCCACCCGGGCUCGAGCGGCGGCGGCCUCAGGCCGGGGGUCAUCAUGGAACUAAUUCGCUGACCGACCCAGCGCCCGCAGCCGUGCGUCCCUCUCGAGCGCCAGCGCCCGCGCCCCCCGACCCGCUUCCCCCUCUUCUCCCUCCUCAAUCGGCCCCGUCGUCCCGCGCGCACUGCCGCCGCGCGCCUAUGAGAAUGAGGUGGUAACGGGCCCCCGGAUGACCCCGCGUCACCACUGUGAGGCCUACAGCUCAGUCGGGGAGGAGGAGGAGGAGGAAGAGGAGGAGAAGGUAGCUACAUCAAGCUGGCUAGCAGGCAGAUACAAAGGAUAUCAUGAAGUUUCCAGGGCCUUUGGAAAACCAGAGAUUGUCUUUCCUGUUGGAAAAGGCAAUCACUAGGGAAGCACAGAUGUGGAAAGUGAAUGUGCGGAAAAUGCCUUCAAAUCAGAAUGUUUCUCCAUCCCAGAGAGAUGAAGUAAUUCAAUGGCUGGCCAAACUCAAGUACCAAUUCAACCUUUACCCAGAAACAUUUGCUCUGGCUAGCAGUCUUUUGGACAGGUUUUUAGCUACCGUAAAGGCUCAUCCAAAAUACUUGAGUUGUAUUGCAAUCAGCUGUUUUUUCCUAGCUGCCAAGACUGUUGAGGAAGAUGAGAGAAUUCCAGUAUUGAAGGUAUUGGCAAGAGACAGUUUCUGUGGAUGUUCCUCAUCUGAAAUUUUGAGAAUGGAGAGAAUUAUUCUGGAUAAGUUGAAUUGGGAUCUUCACACAGCCACACCAUUGGAUUUUCUUCAUAUUUUCCAUGCUAUUGCGGUGUCAACUAGGCCUCAGUUACUUUUCAGUUUGCCCAAAUUGAGCCCAUCUCAACAUUUGGCAGUCCUUACCAAGCAACUACUUCACUGUAUGGCCUGCAACCAACUUCUGCAAUUCAGAGGAUCCAUGCUUGCUCUGGCCAUGGUUAGUCUGGAAAUGGAGAAACUUAUUCCUGAUUGGCUUUCUCUUACAAUUGAACUGCUUCAGAAAGCACAGAUGGAUAGCUCCCAGUUGAUCCACUGUCGGGAGCUUGUGGCACAUCACCUUUCUACUCUGCAGUCUUCCCUGCCUCUAAAUUCCGUUUAUGUCUACCGUCCCCUCAAGCACACCCUGGUGACCUGUGACAAAGGAGUGUUCAGAUUGCAUCCUUCCUCUGUCCCAGGCCCAGACUUCUCCAAGGACAACAGCAAGCCAGAAGUGCCAGUCAGAGGUACAGCAGCCUUUUACCAUCAUCUUCCAGCUGCCAGUGGGUGCAAGCAGACCUCUGCUAAACGCAAAGUAGAGGAAAUGGAAGUGGAUGACUUCUAUGAUGGAAUCAAACGGCUCUAUAAUGAAGAUAAUGUCUCAGAAAAUGUGGGUUCUGUGUGUGGCACUGAUUUAUCAAGACAAGAGGGACAUGCUUCCCCUUGUCCACCUUUGCAGCCUGUUUCUGUCAUGUAGUUUCAACAGGUGUUACCUUUGAGUGUAAACUAAGGUAGACUACUCUGGGAAUGAGAACAUGCAAAAUCAGGAAAGGCUGUAGAAGGAUAUAUACCUUAACAGGCUGAUUUGGAGUGAGCCAGAAAAAAAAAAAAAAAAAAAAAACUACUCUCCUUAUUUGUGUGGCUAAUUAUAAUU